AUGGCUGCGCAAGAAGAGCCAGACGGAGAAACAUACGAUCCGCUAAUUGUGCGCAUUGAAUCUGGAAUCGAUUACACGCGUGAGAGAAUACACGACGAAAAGAAAGUAAUGCAGACCACACGCUUCAAACUGGAUGUAACUUCGCCCGCCCCUCCACAAACCAGCAAAGCCGUUGAACUCCUCCGCCGGGCUCACAGACUUGGCUACGCAACUCAAAUCUACACAUCGGCCACGUACGAGUGCUAUGAGUUAGGCGUUCCACGACCAGACUGGGUACCCGAAGGCUCCGCAGCUGUGAGUCGCAUCCAUGAUCCACACUGGUGGGUCGGGAGGUCCGCCGCGGCCAUCAAGUCUCGGGCUGGCCCUCAUGCUGAUGCUGAAGAUGUCAAGAAGGCAGUUGAGAUCAUGAAGCGCUUGGCGACAGCGGCGCAAAAUCGAACCGGCAAGACUAAGAGGCAGAUUGAGAUUGAUCAGAAGUUAGCUGGUGGAUUGAGAAGGCAGGAGCUAGGGUUGAGCAUGUGUGAUUUCGACGAUGACACCGAAGAGGAGAAUGGCGAUGACUAUAACAACUUUGGCAAGAUCGACAGGGAAAUUAGCACUGGAGGCAGUGAUGGAUCAGAAACGAUGGCCAAGGAGAAAGACAGAGAAGAUCUUAUCGAGUGGGCACCAACAGAACACAACGAUCAUGACUACGCACCUUCACCUCCGCUGCUGCAAAGAGCCGCAAGAAGAAGCCCAAGGAGUUGGGGAAAUACUCGUAAAGGACUGGUUUCUCCUGUAUCACUAAGUGACAGUGAUGAUCGCGAAUGCGACAGGCGUGUGACUCGCAACGAAGGGCGAAGCGCAACCAGAAAGGCCCAAGCACGUACAACUUCGCGGAUGAGUCAAACUACUCAAAUCACUCGAAACCUCCCACUGGCACCCUCUGGCUCUUACAUCGAGAAGAUCAGCAACGGCGAAGACAAUUCGGAACCAGUAGCUGAUACUCCAGUCACGCAGCCUACAAAAUUUAUCGCGACGAAGGUACCACGAAAACGCAACCAAGGUCCACCUCGAGUGCAAGAAGACAGUAGUGAUAGCGAUGUUCCUGUCGUGAAGAGCCGAAAGUACAGAUAUCACCAGAUUCGCAACACACGCACGUCCUCGAUUACUUGA